AUGGGGUGCCUGCAGAGCGUGGCCUGCAAGGCGCGCGUGCGGCGGGAGCACAUCGUGGUGUCGGACGUGUCGGCCACCAUCGAGCCGGCGGCCACGGCCAUCGAGGAGAGCUCGCCCGUGGUGCUGCGCUACCGCACGCCCUACUUCCGCGCCUCGGCGCGCGUCCUCAUGCCGCCCAUCGCGCGCCGCCACACCUGGGUGGUGGGAUGGAUCCAGGCCUGCAACCACAUGGAGUUCUACAACACGUACAGCGACCUCGGCGUAUCGAGCUGGGAGCUGCCCGACCUGCGAGAGGGAAGAGUAAAAGCCAUCAGCGAUUCCGAUGGAGUGAGCUACCCCUGGUAUGGAAACACCACGGAGACUGUGACGCUGGUGGGGCCCACUAACAAGAUCUCCAGGUUCUCGGUGAGCAUGAAUGACAAUUUCUACCCCAGCGUGACGUGGGCUGUCCCCGUGAGCAACAGUAACGUGCCGCUGCUGACAAGGAUUAAGAGGGACCAGAGCUUUACCACGUGGCUGGUGGCCAUGAACACCACCACCAAGGAAAAGAUCAUCUUGCAGACUAUAAAGUGGAGGAUGCGAGUGGACAUUGAGGUUGAUCCCAUGCAGCUCCUGGGGCAGCGGGCACGGCUGGUGGGAAGGACUCAGCAGGAGCAGCCGCGGAUCCUGAGCAGGAUGGAGCCCAUCCCGCCAAACGCACUAGUGAAACCCAACGCCAACGAUGCCCAAGUCCUCAUGUGGAGACCCAAGCGAGGCCAGCCGAUAGUCGUUAUACCUCCGAAGUAGAGCAGCACCGGGGCGAGGACGGUGGUGCUGGCAGCGUGGUGCCAACGAGCGGGGUUUGUGAGCCGAGGCAGCCCUCCCGGGUCCGCUGGCCUUUGCGGCCGUGCUUGGCAAUGCGGCGUUGGCUUAGUCGGGAAGAAAGCGUGAGCCUGGCCUGGCCAGUGCCAGCUCGUGGAAGAGGGAUUGCUGAGCUGCCGAAUCACCCCGAAGGCAGAAUCGAGUGCUCCUCGGAGGCUGUGGCUGGGAAGGAGGCUCCUGCCCGAACAACUCCCGGGAAAUGCGAGGAGCAAGCGUCCGAUCAAGCCGUGCCUGUGGCAAAUGCUGCUUUCCACCCAACUAGACGUCGAAGCGGAGGCCGUGCCCAGCGGGGGCCGUCGCCGCCGGGUCCCUACCUGAGCGCUGCCCUUGGGGGGAGUUUCCUUGGCCGCCUCCAAGCGGGACAUUUUGCAUGCGUCUCGGUGUGUUUGGAGUAGUUGUGAAUGUAGGAGAUGCCAUAGUUCUUUUUCAGUCUUGGGUUGAAAUCUAAGGGCAGGUUACAUGUCCUGUAGUUUUAAGGUGCACUGAACCUUUGCAGUUCCUCCAUCCCUUCCCCUCCCCACCCCUGCCAGCCCCGUUAUUUUUCAG